UGGUGGAAAUUGCUUUCUCUUUGCUUCCAGGGACUACAAGCCACUCGAACAUAGAGAAAGGGGCUGUAAGGGGCUAUAAAACAGCUUUCUCUUUCUUCAUAGCCUUUAGACCCUACCUAUUUAUGUACAUGGCAUUGCCACGCCAUAAAACUGGUCUCUUGCUAAUUUCACCAACGGUCAAAGUUGGCAGGGCAUUUUCAGCCCUCUCCGCCCAGGACCGGACAACUUCGGCGUCAGCGUCGAUCAAAGCCUUGUCGAGCCCACCGCCCGGCCCUGACCUCGAACCAGAAUGGACUUUUGUAUCAGGAACUGUUGUGGCAGCAGACCAGAAACGUCUUGUGGUGUCGCCUCAAGCUAAUUUUGGGCGGCUUCCUCAUCCUCUUCUGGCGAGAUAUAUGGACCGCGAUAGGGUCUCAUGCUCAGCAAAGUCUUCUCGGAAACGGCGAUUCUGGCCUCCUCAAAAUGGCAUUGUGGGGUCUCUGGCGGAAACAGAUUGGAGUGGAUCGGCGGCGGUCUCCGGCAAUACCCGCCGAUCUGAUGAGCAGCGGAUGAGGUUUGGCGGUUACGGUACCUAG